GUUUCGAUCUCACAGAGCAACAACACACACAGUCGUCCCGUCCCCCCCCCCUCACACGGUGGCGGUGGCGGCGGCGGCGGCGGCGGUGGUGGUGGUGAGUUAAAGAAGAUGUGAGGGAGCAAAAGGGGAAGGUGAAGGUCUCCUCCUUGCUGCUUCGUUCUUGCUCUCUUCUUCCUUCCGUAAUCCCUUCCUCCCUCUCUGCAGAAUCACUUUCUUCCCAUCACUCUUUCCAGAAGAGAGAAAAAGCCCCAAAAAAAUCAAUCCAUCAAUCGAUCCAAUCACUUCUCGCGAAAAUCCCUUUAAUUUCCCAGAAAAUUCCAGAACCUUCCCCGGGAAAACCCCAAGGAAAAAAAAAAAAAAAAACAAGGGGGGAGCUGGGUUCACCCGAAAUCGGAGCUGCGGCCCGACAACCGCGUACUCGACCGCUCGAAGAUUCAGUAUUCUUGGUUUGAAGAGGUUUCUUGCCUUUCUUUUGCUCCGAUUCGGUUAUAUGCGGCUGAAAGUUGCCGCGAGAUGUCUGUCUUGUCCAAGAGCGAACUGAUUCACAUCAGGGAAGUUUGGAAUGACAAUCUAGAGGAUGAGUUCGUGCUGAUUCGUGAGAUUGUUGAUGAUUACCCUUACAUUGCCAUGGACACCGAGUUUCCUGGGAUGGUUCUACGCCCAGUUGGGACCUUCAAGAGCAUCACCGAGUAUAACUACCAGGCACUGAAGGCCAAUGUCGAUCUCCUAAAGCUGAUUCAACUGGGUCUUACUUUCUCCGAUGAGAAUGGGAACCUCCCAACUUGUGGGACCGAUAAGUAUUGCAUUUGGCAGUUUAAUUUCCGCGAGUUCAAUCCCGACGUGGACGUCUAUGCCCACGAUUCCAUUGAACUGUUAUCUCAGAGCGGAAUUGACUUCGGAAAGAACAAUGAGAAGGGUGUUAGUGUGAUCCGUUUCAGUGAGCUUCUGAUGUCUUCGGGAGUUGUGUUGAAUGACAGUGUUCAUUGGGUUACCUUCCACAGCGGGUACGACUUUGGUUACUUACUCAAGGUUCUAACCUGCCAAAGCCUUCCCAGCACCCAGUCAGCUUUUUUCGAUCACAUCAGGAUUUUCUUCCCAGUGCUUUAUGAUAUCAAGCACCUAAUGAAGUUCAGCAACAGCCUUCAUGGUGGGUUGAACAAAGUAGCUGAGCUGUUGGAGGUCCAGCGAGUUGGGAUUUGCCAUCAAGCAGGUUCAGAUAGUUUGCUGACUUGCUCUACGUUCAUGAAACUGAAAGAGAACUACUUUGGUGGCGCACCUGAGAAGUAUGCGGGGGUUUUGUACGGUCUUGGAGUCGAUGGUGGACAGAAUGCUUAUUGAAUUUGGAAAUGGAAACCGAGAGUUAUGAAAUGAAAUAAAAAAGAAGGGAAAAAAAAAAAGCAAAAGAAAAUUUGGUUGUUUGAUAGCCCUUGUGUCUCCUCCUCCAAUUUCACGUCUCUUUCUGCAAGAGUGUGCUUUUAUUUUUAUUUGUGCACUCGCUUGCUUUAUCCUUGGGCUUCUUGUUACAUAUCAUUUGAGUUAUUUUUGGUGGCUUAGCAGCAAGAAGGGAAAUUCUUCCGAAUGUUAGGUGAAAAUAUUCUCGUUCAUUGAUGUGUUUUCAUAGUUUCUCACAUAUGCAAGAAGCAGACAGUGAAGGAACGAAUGAAGGAUUAGUGCUCCGGCAUUUCGUGAUGAGGUCAAAGUGAGAAACUCAUUUUGAAGCAAUUUAGAGGCAUUUGGGUUGCUUAGUCUUUGUUUCGGAUUAUGAACUGCAUUACCCUCCUCUGUGCUUCGAGCUAGCUGCAUAAACUUGCCAUGCAGCCCAGAGGAGUCUCCUUGAAGGUGAGAGAUUCGAUUUUCACCACGUCUGUAUAUUUUCUUGACCAGUUUAAUAUAACUGAUCCAUGCAUUUUCAUGCAUGUUAUUCA